AUGUCCAAACUAGCCGUCAAUCCGUCUGCACAUAAACCGACACCAAAGGAUAAAGGACAGAGUGUAUUGGAGAUUCAUGGCUUCUCGUCGAUAGAAACUAUUGGUCAUGGAUCGUAUGCCACAGUGAAGUCGUCGAUGUCAUCAAAGCAUAACUGUAAAGUAGCAAUCAAAGUCGUUUCGAAACGCAAGGCACCAGAUGAUUACCUUACAAAGUUCCUGCCCCGAGAGGUCCAGGUAGUAAAAGUACUUAAACACCCGAAUCUUGUAUGUUUUCUUCAGUCUAUUGAAACUACAAGUAGGGUGUACCUCAUCAUGGAACUUGCUGAAAAUGGAGAUCUUUUAGAUUAUAUUAAAGGACACGGUGCUAUACCAGAAUCUCAGACUGGGAUAUGGUUCCAUCAUUUGGUGGACGGGAUGGAUUACUGCCAUCAGCACGGCAUCGUCCACCGGGAUUUGAAAUGUGAAAACUUAUUACUCAGUAAAAACAAUGUUCUGAAAAUAUCCGACUUUGGAUUUGCGCGUGGCAACAUGAAACCAAAAGAGAACGGACAGGUGAUUCUAAGCGAAACGUACUGUGGUAGUUAUGCGUAUGCGCCACCCGAGAUUCUUCGAGGAAUUCCUUACGACCCGAUGCUCGGCGAUGUCUGGAGUAUGGGAGUGAUUCUGUUCACGAUGAUGUUCGGGCGUCUACCGUACGAUGAUACAAACCACAAGACACUUCUGUCACAGGUUCAAAAACCGCCUGGUUUUCCGUCACACAAGAACGUAGCACAAGACUUCAAAGACAUCAUUUGUAGGAUACUAAUUAGUGCUAAAAGACGUCUUCAUAUUAAGAAUAUUUCCGACGAGGGGUGGUAUAAACGGGUAGACCCGACGAAACAGAAACUCCGCAGAACGAACCAGCAAACGUCCUCAGGAAGCAAGCAACAACCCAGCACGUCAGGCGAAACAUCGUCUGCUGCGCACGAUAACAAAUCAGCUGUCUAAUUCCGAUUAUGUUUCUCUUUAACAUGCGCAUCGAUUCUAUUAUAACGGAUUAGCAAUAAAAUGUAAUACUGCCUCCAGUAAUUUUUCAUUGCUUUCUUGGCAUCUUCAUAAAGUAAGUUAUUACACACCUUUUUAAUUAAUAAUACACACACAAUAAUUUAAACUUUCGAUCGCGAUAUUUUUAAAGUUUUUACUCGGUUUUGAUCUGAAAAACUUAACAAUUCAAUAGUCAUUCGUAGUUGUUGUUCUUUUCACUCGCUUUGAAAAGUGGGGUUUUAUCUAGGCCCUAUAGAAAAUCGACGCCGAUGACUGUCGUCCAUAGUUCAGAGUUCUUUGCACAAUUGGUAGAUUCCAUCCAAAUUAGGCUCUAGUAUUCAGACGACAAACUCAUAGUCGAUGACAUUACGUUACGUCAUUACCUCAGAUUUUACCGUUGUUACGUAAUCGAAACUUUAUUAUUAAAUCACAAGAUACUAAUCAUUCAAGAUCGUAUACGACUUUAAUAUGAGAUUCGUCGGCCAAUAUAUUUAUAAAAUUAGUUUAUCAGAUAAUCUAUCUUAUAUUUACAGUUAGUGUUAGUUUAUAACAAAAAUUCUGGGCAUUCUCUUUAUUUCUUAGAUGACAUCGCUUGACAUGAAAUUGCAUAAAAAUUAGGAGAUAUUUAAAUGCAAAUUAAAGAUUUUAAAAAAGUGGUGUUCAGCUAUAAAAAUUCUCUAAUAAAAUAUUGAACGUUGAAAGUACUAAGUAAGUUAUAAAUUUCCAAUGAUAUACACAACAAAAACAAUUAACUUUUCGGUGAUUUAUGGACCUUUUUACUAACAUUUUCACAGGAAUAUUAAAAAGAAUGUAGGGAUAGUAUUAUCAAUGCAUCUGCUAAUAAACCUUGCUUUCCAUAACAUCAGUACACUGUCACUUCACCAAAUGCCAAAACUACAUAGCUUUCUCCAAAGAAAUUGGGAAACUACUUCCUGGAUUCGACCAGCCAAUCAGUGAUGAUGAAAGCUGUCGGUGGAUAGCAUGGACAAUGUAUAAAUUUUAUGGAAACCAGGUUUUAGCCAAAAUAUAGUUUGUGGUUCAAAUUUAUAAACGAACAGUAAGCAAGUGUAAUAGGACCUAUAUUUAUUUUAUUAGCUUAUCAAAGGCAGAUAACUAUACAUAUUGAACACACUAAAUGUUCAACAAGGAAUAGGUGCUAACCUAAUAAAGUAGAAAACAUUUUCCUAAAAAAGAUAAAAUUCCAGUAAUUUGUAGGAAAAUAUGAAAUAUAUAAUGAUUAUUUAAAUCACAAUAACAGAAUAGAUAUAAUACAAAUAUACACUAAAUAAUACAUUUAACAUUAAGGACCUAGGAUUAAUGAUAAUGUGCAACAAAAUUGAUAUGAUUAUUAAUAAUAAAAGAUUUAAAUAACAUUUUGUUCGGAGCAACUACAGCAUUAAGGUAUAUAAGAUGGGGAAGAUGCGGAGGAGCUGUGAUAUGUUUUAUUAAUUCAACUCAAGACAAAAGGUUUGAGUCUUAACUCCUGUUAGUGUUCUUGGGCAGGGCAAAGGGCAUAAUGAAGAAGGUUGAGGGCACUGGCUAAGGCUUCUUGGGGCCAUACUACUCUAGAGUUCAGGUGCAGCCUAGAUGUGUAUAGGGCAAAGCCCCUACUGCUUCGGUGUUUCUGACAUUUUAAGGGUGUUUUUUUCUUUUUUCAAUUCUGAUUCUUAAAAGGCCCUGCUCGGCCAAUGUGGGGCAAAAAACUGUUGGUGAAUAAUCUGUAGGCCCUUAAGAUGUGGGCCCCUGAUUUUAGCCAGUGAGAGCUCAUGCACUUCAUCUGCAUUGCUUCUGUGUCAGGGGUCACACAAGUAUCUGGUAGGACACUGAAAAGAAUGGAGACAGUAGUAUCAAACAGGCUAGUAGCAUGAUUUAAUUUGUGGGAGGUUUGUUUCAGUGGAAAGUGGACCCUUUGGAAACCAUUAUACAAUAUUUUACAUUGUUGACUUGAAGUACUUCUGGCUUGUAUGAGGCUUGUAUGAUCUCCGAUACUCUGGAGAACAUUGUAAAUAUACCUAUGAAUAUAAAUUUUUCGUUUUUAAAUGCCGACCUUCUCCAGUUUUGGGGCAGUUCAUCGUAACCCCCUUAACCCCCCCCCCC